UGGACAGCUCUCAUGCUCAUAUUAUGCUUAGAUACUUACACUAUGCUUUCAGUUUGUAAAAAUAUACAGAUUUUAUUUGUUUUAUUUGUUUUUCACAUAAUGCAGAAAACAGGAUAGGGAGGGACAUUAUAGUUAAGGAAGAAGUUUAAAAGUCUCAGUUCAUCUAUCAUCUCAUGUUUUUGACAUCUCCUUUAGUACACAGACACAAUGGCUUCUUCAGUGAGCAUGAUGCCCAGUGGCAGUAAGAUUUUCACCACCAUGCCUGAUAUUCUCUUCAUUCCAGAGUUUGUGUUUGGUGGAUUGGUGUGGACACUAGUGGCCUCCACCAAAGUGGAAUCAGCAAAUCCUCAGGGCUGGGUCAUGUUUGUGUCCCUUUUCUGCUUCCUUAUCACCACUCUCUGGUUCUUCAUAUUUAUUACUGGCAUAAACCAGAGCAGCAUCUGGCCUAGCUUGGAUGUAGGAUAUCAUGCAUUCAGCGCAUUCUGUUAUCUGAGCGCUGCAGUGCUUUUGGCUAAUGUCACUAUUAGAAAACAAGGAAUGGAUAAGGUGUACCAGCUAGACAUUGCUGCUGUGGUGAUGGCGUUUAUUGUCACAUUACUGUACUGGACUCAUGCAAUCCUCUCUGCUCACCGAUGGAAGUCCUCUUGAACUUUUGAAGUCCAAUUUUAAGCCACAAAAGGGAAACACUCAUUCAACAGAACAUCACUGCCAAACCCCAGAUGAACCAAAAACAAAGCUAUGCGCAGAACAGAUUUUUUCUUAUUGUUCCAUUUCUGCUUUUUGACAUAACUAAGUGAACUAAUUAUUUUUUAUUUUUUUGCCUUAAAAUUCAAAUCAUUUAUGCAAGCGGCACAUUCAAUAUUAAGUUAGGCUACUUGUUGAAUGAGUAGCGUAAUGUCAUUGUUGGCUGCUGUUUUUAAAGACUUAGAGGAUGUCAUUGUCUGUAAACCUGUAAUAAAAGGCAUCAGUCAAACAGAUUAUCCCAACAAAAACACCAUCCUCAAACAAUAAAGAGAAUAUCAGAAACAGAUCCUUACCUUAACUAGCAAACUAACCAGCAGAACACCAGGAACACACCUCCUACUUUAACAAGCCACCCAUCUUAAGCAACCAACAACAGGAUUUUUGAGGAAGUGCUUAGUAUGAAACUAGUUGAUUUCGUAUGGCCAAAUAAUUCCAGAGUAUUUGAUAUGAAGAUUUUGAAGUGACAUUCUGGUCUAAUCUGAUGCCCAUGAAUGAAUUUUAGCUUUGUUUGAGCUGUAAAAACAAAUGAAAGUAUUGUACUGAAAUUGUGUAUCUGAGA